AUGGAGCUUCCGUCAGCACCCCCCCAGCGCAUGGAGACCGAGCCAGUGCGUGUGCGCAUGGAGAACGAGCCAGUGUUCGCGCCUCACGAGGUUCCGCCACCGAUGCCAUCUCUGCCUACUAUGCCCACUGCAUCGAACAUGGAGCUCAACCGGUGCAACAGAGGCGACAUUGAAACCGGCAAUGCGGAGUCCGUUGGGUCCAUGUUCGGCGUGGUGCCAACUGGGCAGAGGGAGACUUCUCCUGGCACAGUUGUGGAAGGAGGAGGAGGAGGAGGUGGAUAUGAAAUGCCAGCAGGGGACCUCUCGCCUCGAUCCAGCAUCCUUCUUCCGGUUCGACGAUGCAGCUCCAUGGACCAGAUGCGGGCAGCAAGUGACGCCAUGCAGGUUAGAGACGGCACAGGGUGCAUGUGUUAG